GUCCAGCAGACGGUCCAGGAUCUGUUCGGUCGCGCUCCCAGUAAGUCUGUGAACCCCGAUGAAGCCGUGGCCAUCGGAGCGGCCAUCCAGGGAGGCGUUCUGGCCGGAGACGUGACCGACGUGCUGCUGCUGGACGUCACUCCUCUGUCUCUCGGCAUCGAGACUCUGGGGGGAGUCUUCACCAAACUCAUCAACAGGAACACGACCAUCCCCACCAAGAAGAGCCAGGUGUUCUCCACCGCUGCUGAUGGACAGACUCAGGUGGAGAUCAAGGUUUGUCAGGGAGAGCGAGAGAUGGCCACAGACAACAAGCUUCUGGGACAGUUCACGCUGGUCGGCAUCCCUCCGGCUCCUCGUGGAGUCCCGCAGAUUGAAGUCAGCUUUGAUAUCGACGCUAACGGGAUCGUGCACGUCUCCGCUAAAGACAAGGGCACCAGCCGAGAACAGCAGAGUGAGUCCAUACAAACAUCAAUGAUAUAUGCUAUUCCCAAAGGAAAUCCAGACUUUUUCUUUAAUCUUUCACUAAAAUAU